AUGAUCAGUGUAGCCCCAGCAGUGCCACCUGUUAGUGUCCAUCAGUGCUUGCUGUCAGUGCUCAUCAGUGCCACAUGCCAGUGCCCAUCAGUGCCACAUCACAGUGCACACCAAUGCCACAUAUCAGUGCCCAUCUGAGCUGUCUUUCAUUGUCACUGAUCAGUGCCAGUCAGUGCCACCUAUCAAUGCCAAUCAGUGUCACCUAUCAGUGCGCAUCAAUGCCGCCUAUCAGUGCUCAUCAGUGCCUCCUAACAGUGCCAGUCAGUUCCACCUAUCAAUGCCAGUCAGUGCCGCCUAUCAGUGCCAUAUAUCAGUGCUGC